GGGCGACUUUUUAAAUAAAAUUGACGGUUGUCCUCCGAAACUGCCCGCACUUUCCCGAAAUCGCCCGGAACAUUCCUGAAAUGCAAUUCCUUGUAACAAACCAUGCGGACGAUGGUUGGGAAGAAGGCGCUUGAUGAGAAAGGAGUUAAUAAAAUUUAUAUAUAAUUUAUUUAUAAAGUAAACUUUUUCAAAAACUAUCAAAAAAAGUUCUUCUAAGAACUUCGCUACGACAUAGUAAGUUUAUUUUAAUUUUUAUAGUUUUUUUGAAUCAUAUAUUAGUGUCUGUUUUUUUUUUCUUUCGGGCAUUGUUCGGGUCUAUGCGGGUUUUUUCGGUCGAAUAAUUGAAUUUCUUUCAAAACGCCUAACUUGCCCGAAAACGCCCGCACUUUUUACGGCGUAUGCGGCUUAUCGGCAAAAUUCAGGUAUUUGCCCAAAAAACCCACAUAGUCCCGAACAACCAUCAAUUUAAUUCUAAAAGUAGUCCGAAUUUGCCCGUUUAUAUGUGGGCGUUUGCGGCUUAUCAGUACCCUCUUGAGUUCUGUGGGCUACUUAUGUCUUUCAGACCUGUAAUUCCCAAUUUUUAUUUUCCUUGCGAUGGUGGUACAAUUCCGCUAGGUUUUCUUUUGAUGGAUCUGGGAAGAUUCACUUUGUAAUUUUUUUACUGAGAUUAGAAAAUAGUAUAAGCUAACAUAUAUUGAUUACCCAGACUAUCUUGCCUAUUUCUUACAAUAAAACACAGCUGGCAAAAUUGUACCUCCCCUGGCAAAAUUGUACUACUCCGGGUCGCUCUGGGUCGUAUUGGUCCAUUUCAAGCCUAUCAAUAAGAAAAAAGUACCCAUGUGAUAAAUUGUUCGCCCCAAGCAUCCUUAAUUUUGUUUGCGCGAGCGAUCUUAAGAUACAAAAAUUAUGAAAAUAAAAUCGAAAAUGUGAAGUGAUAAAAUUUCUUUGCCUACAUCACACAAGUUCAGCAAUGGUCACAGCCAGGAAUUUCAACCCAGAUAUCAAAAGUCAAGUCAUCAAUUAAACUUUGUGACUACAAGUUAAAUUACGGAAUGAUGGGUCAUAAAAAUUAUUAUAUACUUAAAAUAAUAUUAUUGUCAAAGAAUAAUAUUAAUUUUACUUUAAUCUCAACCUAUAAGACUAGCGCUUCAAAUAACGUUUUCAAACCUGGGAAUUCAUCGUUUUAUAAAUAUGUAAAAUUUGCCAAGAAUUCUACAAAGCAAAACAGAGUGUAUAUAAAAUGUGUUUAGUAUCUUAUAAUUUUUACCAAACAGAGUCCUUUUUCUGUCUAAUACUAUUUUCCACUCCACCUGUAUUUUAAUUACUGUUGUUAUAUAGUUUAUUUAUGAAAAGAUGAACUCUUCUAUCUGCAGUUUAUUUGAACUUAUGAAGAUUGAAGAAAUUGUAAAUAUACAUUCCAAGGUACAUGGUGAUUUGUUAUACGAAGUAAAAUGGGUAAACACCUUGGUAUGCAAACAACUGCUUGAAAAAUUGUUUCCAAACAUAGCACCAAUGAUAGACAAAAUCAACGAAAAACAACGAAAAAAUGACUCACAAAAUAAUUUUUCUACACAACUCAGAAUGAACGAAGAUAUAAACGCAAGAAAACUGCAGGAAAAUAUUGUGGAAGAUACGAGUGAUGGUGAAGAAGAAGAAGAAUGCAUCGAGGGAACCAUGUUCAUGUGUGAUAUUUGUAACGUAGCAUUCCCUACUUAUAGAUUGUUGUCAAAUCAUAAACACCAGUGUCCACCAGGAGAGAACGCAAAUACGCAUACAACCAGUGAGAAAACAUUUAGUUCUGUAGAUCAUUCAAGAGAAUCUGGUACAAUCCACGAUGAUACGGUAACGUGUGUUACCGAAAUCGAUAGAUCUAAGGAGCCGCAAAAUCCACCUUCUGUUUCGUUAACUUGUCGAUAUUGUUCUUUAAUUUUUCUCAACGCGAAAGAGUAUAAUACGCAUCUGACGAAACAUAAUAAGAACAAUGUAAGUCGUACGGUAGACGAUGCAAGUCGCACGGUAGACGAUGCAAGUCGCACGGUAGACGAUACAAGUGGCACGGUAGGCGAUGCAAGUAGCACGGUAGACGUUGCUAGUCGCACGGUAGACGUUGCUAGUCGCACGGUAGACGAUGCAAGUCGCACUGUAGAUCUAAACUUUAAAAAUAUGAACAGUAGUGGCAGUGGUUUAUCUAUUAAGAGAGAGAAAUCAGAGACUGUGCUGACGAACAAUCCAAACGAUACUAUUUACGAGUGUCAGAAUUGCAAAAUGACGUUCGCAGAUGCCGAAUAUCUGUCGCGGCAUUUGGUUCGAUGCAGAAAUCAAGAACUUUCCAACUUUCGUUGUCAAGUGUGCCAACGUGGGUUUACGACGAAAGGUUCGCUAGAACUUCAUGUCGAUGCCGUACAUUUAAAAAAGAAAGAAUUUGGAUGCAGUUUAUGCGGGAGGUUGUUCUCUAGAAAGCAUAUUUUAAAAGUACAUUUAGCCAUGCAUUACGGAAAACGCGACUUCGCUUGUUCUACAUGCGGUAAAACAUUUUUACAGAAAAGCAAUUUAAAUAGACAUGAACGAAUACAUCAAUCGAAAAAUUUUGGAUAUAAAUGUCGGCAUUGCGGGCAAGCUUUCACGCAGAACAAACAUUUACAAAGACACUUAGAAUCAUUACAUAUGGUGAAAAAAGAAGAGGUGUAAGUUAUCCCUCUUUUCAUAAGUAAUCUUUUCCGAAUUUAAUUUGUAUGAUGUACGUUAUUUAGCAUUUUACACAGAAAAUUGAUAUAACUAGUCGGUGGCCCGUGGAAAAUGCCACGGAUUCGCCCGUCCUUUUUAUACCGCAUUGCAUGCGUCUCGCUACUUUCGGUACAAUUUUGCGUGAUACACGUAUACGGGUAUCACUUGUCUUAAACUUACUAGUGCUUGUUUCGUAUUAGCAAAACUAAUUUUUUUAUUUAUUCUGAUAAGUUGUGAAAGGUAUAAACAAUAAUUUCACGUUUUCUGUUUAAAAAGGAACAAGAUUUAGUGGAUAUUGUAAUUAUGUAGAAUUUAUAAUAUUUUAUAUAAUUUGGAACGAAAGUUAAAUUUUAAAACAUUGUA